AUGGAGAAUUGGAACGAAGUUUUGUUAGAAGCUGAAACCACUCUUGUGGAUGGUGCCGUUGACUAUCGUGGACAAGCAGCCGUUAGAUCCAAAUCUGGUUAUUGGAGAUCCGCUUGGUUCAUCAUAGCUGUGGAAGUAGCAGAGAGAGUUUCAUAUUAUGGAAUGGGGAACUUGAUAUCAUACCUAACAGGACCACUCAAACAGACAACUGCAACAGCUGCUAAGAAUGUAAAUGUUUGGUCUGGAACAGCUUCUCUUCUUCCUCUCUUAGGUGCUUUCGUCGCUGAUUCUUUCCUCGGACGCUACCGCACUAUCAUAAUCGCUUCUCUCAUCUAUAUAUUGGGACUGGUUUUGUUAACAUUAUCAGCUAUGCUUCCAUCCCUCACCAAAUCUAAAUGCCAAGUUGAUACUAAAUUCAUAUUAUGCUCCCAACAUUCACAAGUUAUCUUAUUCUUCAUCUCACUCUAUCUUGUUGCCAUUGGACAAGGUGGACAUAAGCCUUGUGUUCAAGCUUUCGGCGCGGAUCAAUUCGACGAAGAACAUCCUAAGGAGCACAGAGCCAGAAGCUCAUUCUUUAAUUGGUGGUAUUUUACGAUGAUUGCAGGUGCCACGGUUGCAAUAACGGUCUUGACCUAUAUUCAAGAUAACUAUAGUUGGGUUCUUGGAUUUGGGAUCCCUUGUGUUUUAAUGAUCAUUGGCUUGCUUGUUUUCUUGCUUGGAACAAUGACCUAUAGGUUCAACAUUAAGGAUAAUGACUCUAGCCCUUUUCUUAGAAUUGGUCGCGUAUUCGUUGCUGCUGCAAGAAAUUGGCGAACUACCCUUUCAAACAAGACUAUUGGAGACAAAUAUGAUGGAAUGCUUUUGCGUCAAAGUUCUGAACAAUUCAGCUUCCUCAACAAGGCAUUGAUAACCCCAAAGGGAUCCAAAGAAGGUAAUACUUGUAGCCUUGUUGAGGUGGAAGAAGCAAAGGCAAUACUAAGGUUGGUUCCAAUUUGGGCUACAUCUUUGGUUUACGGUAUUAUCUUUGCUCAACUUUCUACAUUCUUCACCAAACAAGGGAAAUCUAUGGAGAGAACAAUAUUUCCUGGUUUCGACAUACCACCAGCUUCACUUCAAUCAGUUAAAUGUAUCGCCAUUAUUCUCUUCAGCCCUAUCUAUGACCGCAUAUUCGUGCCAACAGCACGAGCUAUCACCGGAGAACCCUCGGGGAUCACAAUGCUUCAAAGGAUUGGAAUUGGAAUAUUUUUAUCCAUAUUUACAAUGGUAACUGCAGUGUUUGUUGAAACUAAAAGACUAGAAACAGCACAAGAGUAUGGCCUUGUUGAUGAUCCAAAUGCAAUUGUUCCAAUGAGUAUAUGGUGGUUGUUUCCUCAAUACUUUUUGUUUGGAGUUUCUGAAGUUUUUACUAUGGUUGGUCUUCAAGAAUUUUUCUAUGAUCAAGUCCCAAAUGAACUAAGAAGCAUGGGACUCGCACUCUACUUGAGUAUUGUUGGUGUUGGAAGCUUUCUUAGUAGCUUUCUCAUUUCUAUGAUUGAAAAUCUUAGUAGCAAAAACGGUGAUGAAAGUUGGUUUUGUGACAACAUCAACAAGGCACAUUUUGAUUACUUUUAUUGGCUUCUUGCUGGGUUAAGUGUGGUGGGGUUUACAUUAUUCCUCUACUUUGCAAAAGCUUACACUUAUAAUAAGAAAGGUACCAUUACACAUGCAUAA